AUGGCGCCAGACGCGCCUGCUCCGAUUGAUGUUAUUAUUAACGCGUCUCCGGGCAUAGACGACGCUUUGGCCAUUCUCGCCGCUUUGAAGUGCCAAUCUAUUCGUGUGCUUGGUAUCGCCACGUCAUUCAGCCACUAUGUGACGUGUGAAGCUGCCACACGCAACGCUCGAGGCCUGUGCAUAGCAGCAGGUCGCCCAGACACACCUGUGGUUCAGGGCGCCACAGCACCACUCUCAACCACACCAACUCCAGCACUAUGCCCACCAAACGCCCCCGAGGCUAGUGGAACCAGCACCAGUGGCAGCAGCAGCAGGCCUAGCGCACCCUCCCUGCCUGCCUGCUCCUCGUUUCUGGGCCCUGACGGUUUGGCGGGAGUGCAACUGCCAGCAGCAACUCCCGCACUCCAACGGGAUGACCCCGCGAAUGGCAUCACUGAUACCUUAGCUUCCACUCAUGCUUCCACUGCUGCUACUGGUGCGGAUGGAGAGGGGAGGGUCGGGGGAGAGCAGGGGGCGGAGCGGAGGGCGUGGGAGUGGAUGUGUGAGGAGGUGGCGAGGAGGCCCGGGCAGAUCAGCAUCAUUCAGUUGGGGCCCAUGACCAACCUCGCCCGGGCCCUCUCCCAUCGCCCCUCACUAGCAUCCGAGAUGGCGGGCAUCUGGGUGGUGGGGGGUUCAUUCUUUGCCAGUGGUGAUGUUAACGCGGCUGCUGAAGAAAACGUGUUUGCAGACCCUGAGGCAGCAGAUCAGGUGCUGACAAGUGGCGCCAACAUCCACGUGCUGGGACUCAACGUCACCACACAGGUCACACUCACAGGCACACACCUUGCCUCCCUGUGCACCCGAGACACGGCAGCCCCUCCAGCAGCAGGGGAGAGCGAGCACGGCACUGCGUCCUCAGUAGCAGUGGCGUCUGUGGAGGCAGAUAAGAGCGGGAGCCAGCAUGCAGCCUCGCCCUCACCAGCAGCGUCCCUGGUGGCACGUCUGGUGCAGGCAUACAGGGCCCACCACCAGCAGUCCGACCACAUGGAUGGAAUUUUUCUGCAUGACGCCUGUGCAGUGGCAGCGAUCACAGCGCCCUCACUUUUCUCCUUCAAGCGAGGCAGCGUGCGUGUGGAGAGCACCGGGGUGGGCCGGGGAUGCACUCUCAUGGACUACUCGCUGAAAAAGUAA